AUGUUUGAUAAAGCCAUUGCUUUAACUAAAAUGAUAAUUGGUGGAAUUUCUAUAGUAGCUGCUGCUUCUUUGGCUGGGUUAUACACUUUCCAGAAUAGACUGGUUUAUCCUUCAUGGGCUCAGAAUGCAAGAAACUAUGUGGAUACUCCUGAUAAAUACAAUCUACCAUAUAAAAGAGUAAUACUGAAAACGAGAGAUAACAUUCAAUUAGAGGCUUAUGACCUACAUUAUAAUGAUAUUUCUGGCGAUUCUAAGACUACCGUACUGAUUUUAUGUCCAAAUGCUGGUAAUAUUGGAUAUUUCUUACCAAUUAUUGAAAUUUUCUUUAGACAAUUUAAGACAAAUGUUUUCAUAUAUUCAUAUAGAGGUUAUGGUAACUCAACUGGUUCUCCCACUGAGAAAGGUUUAAAAAUUGAUGCUGAUACUGCAAUUGAACAUUUAAUUAACGAUGACUUCCAUAAAGAUAAGAAACUUGUACUCUACGGCCGUUCUUUGGGAGGAGCUAAUGCUAUCUACAUAGCAUCUAAAUAUAAAAACAUUGUCGAUACUGUUGUAUUGGAAAAUACAUUUUUGAGCAUCCCAAAAGUUAUUCCUCAUAUGCUCCCCAAAUUAAAAUAUGUUGUUAGCUUCUGUCAUGAAAUAUGGAACUCAGAAAAAGAAAUUAGCAACUGUUCUAGUGAAACCCCAUUCUUAUUUUUAAGUGGAAAAAAAGAUGAAAUAGUACCACCAGAACAUAUGAAAACUCUAUACCAGCUUUGUCCCAGUAAUAAGAAACAAAUCUUUGAAUUUCCAAAGGGUUUUCACAAUGACACAAUUAUACAAGAUGGCUAUUGGGAUAUAAUAGAAAAAUUUUUGGAAGAAAACCGUUUUAUUUAA